CAUUCACCAGCAAGAAACGACACGUUCACAAUUGUCGACUGAGAUUUCUGUCAUUGGAACCGGGAAAACGGGCAAAAACCGAAAAGCACAGUAAGAAAUCUAGAGCCUAGCUCAAGCUACCAAAUCAAAGAGAAUCUGUUACUGUGUUUCUUGCGGAGAAUCCAGAUUGGGGUUUAGGGUUUCGGCUGAACAACGAUGGCCGUCUUGUCCAUGGAUUCGCUGCCGUUAGGCUUCAGAUUCAGGCCGACGGAUGAGGAGCUCAUAAACCAUUACCUCCGGUUGAAGAUCAACGGGCGUGGCUCCGAGGUUCAGGUGAUUCGGGAAGUUGAUGUUUGCAGAUGUGAGCCCUGGGAUUUGCCUGCUCGGUCAGUGAUAAAAACGGACGAUUCAGAGUGGUUCUUCUUCUGUCCACGUGACCGGAAGUACCCCAACGGCCAGCGGUCCAAUAGGGCUACUCAUGCGGGCUACUGGAAAGCUACUGGUAAGGAUCGCACCAUCAAUUCUAAGAAGUCUCUCAUUGGAAUGAAGAAGACCUUGGUGUUCCACAGGGGCCGAGCCCCCAAUGGUCAACGCACUAACUGGAUCAUGCAUGAAUAUCGAGCAACUUCCAAGGAUCUUGAUGGUACUGCCCCUGGCCAGGGUGCAUUUGUUCUGUGUCGAUUAUUCCACAAAGUGGAUCAGAAGAUUGAUAGUGUAAGGUAUGAUGAAGUGGACCAGACGGGAGAUUCUCCUACCACAAACAAAUCUUCUCCUGAUGACACAUCAUCAGAUCUUGUCCAAGAGACAGCAACUCCUGAGUUGCAACCUCAAAAGCAGUCAGAAGGUAUAAAAAGAUGGUUGACGGAUAAAUGUGAUGAUGUAUCACAUAAUGGUCAUGUUAUAGGUGGCAGCUGCUGCAAUAGUCAUAUGACUUCUGAUGUAGAAGAUCAUGCUGAAGACAAUGCAAUUGAGGGAUUUCCACACUUGGAAGAAAAUUCAAACUUUUAUGACCUCAUGUAUAAUCAGAUUGAUUACGAAGUUUCCUUGCCAGUGCACUCUCAUGUUCAUGAAGAUCUAGCGCCCGACAUGGAUUCUCUUUAUGCUAGUGAUUUUGGCAAUGAACAUAAUGGAAUAUGUUUUCAAGAUGGAACUGCUGAACAGGAUGUCCCACUCUCUGACUUGUUGUAUGAGGUUUUCAAUAACCAUGAGGAAUCCUGUGAAGAGUCUACCAGUCAGAAAAACUCUGUUGCUGGAAGUGAAGUGUACAAUUCUGGUAAUGCAAGUAUUCCACAGACCUUACUGCCAGAAAGCUCCUAUGUCAAAGACAAUGUUACAUGCAGUGACACUGAUACUGAAAUGGCCCAAGUACCGUAUGAUACAGAAAUUGGAUCUUCUAGGUGGUUUAACGAGCAAGUGGAUAAGACUGAAUAUUUGCAGAUGCCAGAUUCAUUUGGAUCUGGUCAUCCUCAAGCAGCUCUUUGUGACCGAGAAUUUAAAAGUGGAUAUGUUGGUGAUUUUGGGAAUUAUUCUUUUGGGCAAAACAUCUCACCUGAUUCUGCCAUGGCUUCAUUUUCUGGUAGUGUCCAUGGUUUGGAAGAGCCAAGCAGUCUGAAUAAUCCUGUGAACAGUAGUGGUGUUCUUGGUGGUGCUGGAAUCAGAAUUAGAAGCCGCCAGCCCCCACGUCAACCAAAUUCUGUCAACUUUGUCACUCAGGGCACUGCUCAAAGGAGAAUCCGUUUGCAGAUGAGACUUUCACCAGGCUCCUUUGACAAUGACAAAGAGACAAAUGCUGGCCUUUACGAAGAAGAAGAAGUACAGUCAGCUUUAUCAAAGGCCACAGAAGUAGAAGAUACUGGUGAGCCAGAGAAAGAAAACCAGCUGCUCAAUCUUGAUGAGAACAAGGGAACUGGUGAAGGAUCGUCUAUAAAACUGAGGAAAAGGGUGAAAAGUGACUCUGAGCCAAAGAGCACCAAAGUGAACCAAGCUGCAGUGCUUUCAGAAACAGCACCAAUGCGUCAUGGCUCAAGUUCCUCAUUCUCUCUUAUGCUCGGUAUUUUCAGUAUUUUGGUUUUGCUUGUUUUCUUAUUGGGAAUAUGGAGAUGCCUAAGUUCUUGAUAUUUGGUUGAAUCAACCGGUAGGUUCUCUCUAGUCUGUUUUUCCUCUGUCUGCUUACUUUGUAGGAAAUAUUGUUAGGUAAUGUAAUGUAAAUUGUGUUCCAUGUGUAUCUGUAUAGAUUACGUAGAAUAGGGAAUGGCUCUGUACUACGUUGUAUGUGACAACCUUCCUGUUAUGUGUCGUUGGUCUAACGUUGUGCAAUGUAUUCUACUAUAGAGGCUUUUAUUUGUAUCG